AUGGAUAUUACAGAACCAUUUACCAAUAAUCACGCAAACCAACAAACAAAUGUAAAUAAUUAUGUAAAAGCAGAUGAAAAUGCUGUUGAAAAUCGUGAAAAUGAUGACGACGAUGAUGGUACAAGUUCUUCUACUAGUAGUAAUUGUAGAUCUGAAUCAUCUGAUUCAUCAAUUACAAGAGUUGAACGAAAUAAUCUGCUCCUUAAAGGCUUCACAGACUCGAGCUCUAUUGACAGUACGAGCAAUAAUACUACAACAUUAUUAACAACACCUAAAAAACCUCGAGUAAAAGUUUCAGCAAAUAAUAUUAUAUCAGAUUUUAGUAGUUUAGGAGUGUACUCUCAAAAUCAACAACAAUCACACCAAUAUAAUUCAAAAAAUUUUUCAAGUAUGAGAUCAGAUUUGUCCUGGGGAAGUGAUUCUGGUAUUACAAGGGCGAAUAAUAAAAUUAAAAGUAAAAUAUUAAACAAAAAAUCGAUUGUUAAAGAUGAUAAAUGUGAUGAUAAUGAUCAAGAUGAAGAAUUAAAUUAUUAUUAUAAAAAUCAUCCUAAAUUAAAUAACAAUGUGAAUGAAUGGGCUGAUAAAAAUGAUUACUACAUGCCUGAAAGUCAUUCUGAAAUUACUACAAAUACGAGAGAUUCUUCAUCAUCUAUUUCUACUUCUACUUCACCAAGAGUUAGAGCAAGAUCCAUUGUUAAUUAUUCUUCUAAUAAUAAUCCUAGAAUUAAAAUCAAACCAUCACAAAUUCCAUUCGAAAUUGAAGAUUUACUGAAAUUAUCAUUGAACCCAAAAGUUCAAAGAAAGUUUCUUGAUCUUCAAAUUUCCAACAAAUCACUUCUUAAUAUUAAUACGACAUUGGAAUCAACAAUUAAAGAACAAAACAAUAAACUUGCAACAAUUCCAUCAUUUGAAUCAAUUAUGGCGCAACAACAAAAACAAUUAGAACAUCUUACCAAAGUUGAAGAAUUAAUGCUGAAAUUGACAACAAAGAUGUCUGAGCAAGACAAUGAAAUAAAGGCUUUAAAAAACCAAUUACUUGAAAAGAAUGGAAAACUAUUAUGGGUAAAACAACAAUAUCCUGAUAAUUAUUACGAUGAAACUUUUUUGGAAGAAUUAGAAAAAAAUGUUAAUGUGAGAACGUAUGAUUAUUGGACAGUGGUAAUGGAAUCAUCAGCAAUUUCACAACAUAUCAGUAGCAUAGUUAUCUUUAUAGCUGUAUUUAAAUAUCUUGAUUUAAAGAUGUUAUCAUCACAAAGUUUGAUUAUUAUUGGAAGCGUUUUCACGUUUAUUGGUUACAUAUUCUGGGAUAAAAGUAUUUCAAAAACUGAUCCUUCUUAUGAAUACAAGCGAUUAUCUCCAAUUUUAAAAACUUUAACAAUAGAUACAAGUGAAGACACGAUUUGGGCAUUGACUGUUAUAUUGUUUCUUGCCAAUAUGAUGUUUCACGAUUAUGGAUCUGAAAAUAGAACUAAUAUCAAAUUUCCAGGAUCACUUUCAACAAAUGCAGCAAUAUUUGCGUCGGUUCUAUUAGCGUCUAGAUUAACAUUAAAUUCUCAUGUAUUUGGAUUAAUGUUAUUUGCAGUCGAGUGGUUUGCUUUGUUUCCAAUUUUUAGAAGAUAUAUAAAGAGUCUUUCAGCAAAAUUCAAUAUAACAUUAACAUUCUUAUUAUUUAUUCUUGCAACAACAUUAUUCCUACAUAUAUCAAAAGCAGUCGUGAUUAUUUAUAUUUUAGGUAUAAUCUUUAUAACUUUUAUUUGUCCUUUUUGGUUGAUAUGGAUACAAAAAUAUAAAAAUGAAAUUCAUGGUCCAUGGGAUGAAGCAAGGCCAAGACUUCAACGUUCUAAUUCUGCAUAA